ACGUGAAUUGUAACAAUUGUUCUACCUCUUUGUUUAUAUACAGUAAUGUUCUGCGACUACAUCCUCGAAGUCAAAGAAAAAGAAAAGGUGAAAGAAUGAGGAACUGUUACUUCCAAGGACGGAACUUUCGUAAGAGAACGAGUUCUACGUCUGUCAGUUAAUACCCGACGUCUGCCCUCGUGUCGUCUCGUCCGAUAGUGAAUAAACUAUGAAUUUAGUUAUAAACUCUGCAGAAAAUGCUUCUGAUCUGAAGCCGGCCAACGGGAUUUCGAACGGGACCCGUUCAAAUAAAUCAGAAGGCAUUUAUUCAAGUGAAAUUUACGGAAAACUGAAUUUACACGAGGUCUCAACAAAGUUCAAGUCGCCGAUUGACGUCUUGCGACCAGCGCAUAAUCUUAAAGUCCGCCCUUUGGAAAUCGGCGAUUUUGAAAGAGGCUAUUUGGAUCUUCUUGGUCAACUGACAGAUGUUGGCCACGUCCCCGCCGAUACUUUCGAUGACACUUUCAGGUUAAUGAAAGAAAGGGCCUCACAUUACAUAACAGUCAUAGAGGAUGCUCAGGAGGGAUCUGUUAUAGCCAGUGGAACGCUAUUCCUUGAACAAAAAUUUAUCCACAGUUGCAGAGUGCGAGCGAGAAUCGAGGAUGUUGUUGUAAGCGAAAAUUACAGAGGAAAGCAGUUGGGGAAAAUAAUCGUCUUGCUACUGAUAGAAAUGGCUAAACACCUAAACUGUUAUAAAGUGUCUCUUGAGUGUAAGGAUGAAAAU